GCGAGCGGUUGUGCCUUGCGCACGCGCAGUGCUGUGCUCCGUGCGGCGUUCUGCUGAAGGGAUGAGGGCAGCGGAUUCAUGAACAACAGACCCAGAUGCUGAUGAGAGAAGCAGCGCGGGUACACGGCAGACGCAUGGUGUCAGAGAAUGCCACGGCAGGAAGAGAGUUUCCACUCAUUAACUCUGAGGAAAGGCAUCUUUGUCUCAUUGACUAGGUUCUUCGUUUUUGACUUGAAGUCAUAACUGCAGCUAAUGCUGCAUAUCCUGACGUUACAAUGCCAGCGGGGCUGAAUGCGCAAGGCAGCGGUAUACCUAUCUCAGAUGCGAUGGGAUCGUUUAAGAGGAGGAAAAGAAAGUCCAUCAUUGUAACAGUGAUGCUGCUUAUUGUCUCCAUACUCAUCUUGGUCUUUGGUCUGGCCGCUACUACCAGGACACAAAACAUCACAGUCGGUGGCUACUAUCCAGGAGUCAUUCUCGGCUUCGGAUCCUUUCUGGGAAUCAUUGGCGCCCAUUUGAUAGAGAAUAAGAGGCAGAUGCUGGUGGCCUCCAUUGUCUUCAUCAGCUUCGGAGUGGUGGCGGCCUUCUGUUGUGCUAUAGUUGAUGGCGUUUUUGCUGCAAGACAUAUAGACCUCAGACCUCUAUAUGCCGGCCGAUGUGAAUAUUACUCCAGCGGGACAGCGUUUGAUUUAGAUGUCCACUGUAACACCGCAUCUCGGGUCUCCUGUCCCCUGCGAGUGAAGAGCAACACCUGCUACUGCUGUGACCUUUACAACUGUGGCAAAGAGCAUCCUCUUAUGGGACUUCAGAGUAAAGAUGUUAUGAAAAAAUUUAGGAAAUCCUCCAUGAUUUGGAAUCGAGUGGAACUGCGAGGAGGGUACCAUGAGUACACAGAGGUGCGGAGCUGCCAGGACGUUGUGCAUCUUUACCACCUGCUGUGGUCUGCUACUAUCCUCAACAUCGUUGCUCUGUUUCUGGGCAUCAUCACCGCCGCGGUGCUGGGGGGAUUCAAGGACAUGAUGCCUACUGCAGCACCAGAUUCCUGUGAGCCAGAACCUCUCCCUAUUCCUCCUCCCCCUGAGACUCCCGGACCCACCACAUCCAAUAACUCUUUUUACAACACUGCCCCCUGCUUACCUCCAUACACUGCCUAUGACCUUCAGGGCGCCAGCAUGUUUCCUGACUCGUCAGGCCUGUCUGAUGACUCCCAGUCUGGAGCAAGUCACAUGUGGCCGAAUAUGAUCCCGCCUCGUUAUUCUCCACCUUAUUACCCACCUGAUGAGAAGCCCCCGCCGUACAGCCCCUAAGGGACCAGUCUUAAGGAGGACAUUUUCCUGCCAUGAAAGAACUGGCACUGGGCAUUUUUGGAUAUUAAUGUACCCCAUCAUUGUUCAGAACGAACGACCUUUGCAGAGGAGAUUCACCUGUGUGGCGGGUUAAGUAUAGAGAGACUACAGCAUUAACCGCAGUCAUUCAUCACCAUUCAGCAGAUGUAAUAUGCAACAUUAAACCUUGACAAGAUUCAAACCCGACGUGUAAAAUAUUCACAUUACGUAGCCUCGAUCCAAGAGGACUAUAUCUAAUAAAAACUACGAGAUCAAGACUGUUCACAGAUAAGCCUUAAAAUGUGUCCGCUUCUAGUACAGCUCCACCCGGCUCGCCUCUUCUUCCUGUUAUAGGUAACAUCCGUGGGUCGCCUACUUGUGAUUUCCUCUCCAUAAUGUGAACUUUUCCCUUCCAAAGUGGCACAAAGUGUUUUGCGUCGCCUCGGCACGAGGAACAGUCUUUUAUCUUAUCUAGCAAUUGAUUUGCACUUUAUUGUCUUUUCAGAUUUUACUGUAUUCACACAGUUCUAGAGAAUUACUUGAGUUAUUUUUUACUGUUUCGGGCAGCUAGAUUGCAAAGAACUGUACAUAUAUUUAGGCCGAAUCUUACUUUUUGUUCUGGGCGCUUCAUUAGGAUCUAAGAUCUGUAUGUGGUGUUUCUUCUGCAUUACGUCAAGCACACAAUCAUGUCACAAAUUCGAUUUAUCUUGUGACAAAAAUAUCUUUUGCUU